AAAAUUUCGAAUUAGCAUUUAGCUAGAGUUUUAAUUUAAUUGUCUCCUCUUCCCCAACACUUCCAAUCACUUUUUUUUUUAUUUCGUUUGAUUCCCUUCCAUCUGUUUUUUCACCAAUAUCCACAUGGUUGCUGCUUCUUCCUCCUCUCUCUUUUUUAGUAAAUUAGUCCCAACAGCUACGGUGGUUGUUCAUUUGCUACUUGGCAAAAGAAAGAAAUUUUAAUAGGGCAUCUUUCUGUUGGUAGAUAUCAUAUAAAAAUACAGCACUUAUGGCCAAUAAAAAAUGUUCUCUUUCAUUGGUAUCGAUUCUUGUCCAACCAUGUCCUAAAUUAAGGAGGAAGAAGCAUCCUCAAGCUCUACUUUUAUUGACUUGACUUCAUACCAGUCAAUGAGAAUUUGAAAAGAUUUGAUAUGAUCUCAAAAGCAAGUUUUUUUAAAACUAUUGUGCAGUUCUUAUAGUGGCCUGGUAUGGAUCAUGCCUUCACCUAAUGAAAAUCUCAGGGCCAGAGUUAGUCAUUUUUGGAUGAGUGAAGUGAAUGUUGGGAUCCCUACAACUUAGCUUUCUGGGAAAAGUUCAAAAUUCUGUCGACAACAAUAUUCGUUUCUCCCCAGCCAAUUACUUUGGUCUUAGGUCCUUUAUAUCCAGUUCAAUAUCACAGGGUAGUGCAUCACAUUGCAUACUCAGAACUGGGAAAAAAUGGCAGUCAAAUCUUCACUUGAACUAGCGAAUGGUUCCUCCAAUGAUGAUGGGCAUCAAAUAAGAACUGGAACGUUAUGGACUGCUAUUGCUCAUAUACUUACUGGGGUUAUCGGCUCUGGAGUUCUAUCUAUAUCAUGGAGUGUUGCACAGUUAGGAUGGAUCACAGGUCCACUUUUCAUGUUUUGUUUGGCCAUGGUCACCUAUGUUGCUUCUUUUCUCCUCUCAGAUUGUUACAGACACCCCGAUCCUGUAACUGGAGCAAGACACCACUGUUACAUGGAUGCUGUUAGAACCUACCUAGGUAGAAAGCAGACUUGGAUAUGUGGCUUUCUUCAAAUUCUGAGCAUGUAUGGAUUUGGUAUUGCUUAUGUAAUUACCACUUCUAUCAGUAUGAGAGCUAUUCAGAAAUCAAAUUGUUACCAUAAAGAAGGGCAUCAGGCUACAUGUGCAUAUGGAGAUACCUUUUAUAUGCUGUUGUUUGGAGCUGUUCAGAUCGUCUGUUCUCAGAUACCUGAUUUUCGUAACAUGGAAUGGCUCUCAAUGCUUGCAUCAAUCAUGUCCUUCUCCUAUGCUUCCAUUGGAUUUGCUCUUGGCUUUGCCAAAGUAAUAGGAAACGGAAGGGUUAAGGGGAGCAUCUCUGGAGUGCAUACAGCUACUACAGCUCAAAAAGUAUGGAAAGUCUCUCAAGCACUUGGAGACAUUGCUUUUGCAUACCCAUACUCCAUAAUUCUUAUUGAGAUACAGGACACACUGAAGUCUCCUCCACCUGAGAACCAGACAAUGAAGAAAGCUUCAAUGACUGCGAUCCUCAUUACCACCUUCUUCUAUCUCUGCUGUGGCUGUUUUGGGUAUGCAGCCUUUGGGGACCAGACACCUGGGAAUCUCUUAACAGGUUUCGGAUUCUAUGAGCCUUAUUGGCUAAUUGACUUCGCUAAUGCUUGCAUAGUAGUGCAUCUAAUGGGAGGAUAUCAGGUAUACAGUCAGCCAGUGUUUGCAGUUGUUGAAAAGUGGUGUGCAGAGAGGUUCCCCAACAAUGGGUUUGUGAAUAAUUCCUACACCAUCAAAAUCCCGCUACUGCCAGGUCUCACGAUUAAUCUUCUUAGGUUGUGCUUUAGAACCUGUUAUGUUCUAUCAACAACAGGACUUGCGAUGCUCUUCCCCUACUUCAACGAGGUUUUGGGAUUGCUGGGUGCCCUGAACUUUUGGCCCUUGACCAUAUAUUUCCCUGUGCAGAUGUAUUUUGUUCAGAGGAAGAUAGCACCUUGGACAAGAAGUUGGAUCAUUCUUCAGGCUUUCAGCAUUUUCUGCUUGCUUGUAUCUCUUGUGGCUUUAGUUGGGUCAGUUGAAGGACUCAUAACUGCAAAGUUGAGCUAAGAAAUUGCCAGCAAUUCUGACCAUGCAAUAGAACAAGGCUGGAGUGCGGGAGACAGUUAAGACUGUUGGAAUUGCUGUGAAAGCUUUCAUUUGCAAUUGUAGCCUCAGAUAGGGGAAAGUGAAAUCAUCGGUUAUAAAAGGAAAAAUGAAAACUCUUAUAAUUAUACUUCUAAAAUGGACUCUUUAUGUUCAUUCUUAAACCAAGGAAUUUGGUUGCAAAAUAUAGUAAAAUUUAAUACAAAGAUUUGGAAUGUCUGUUACA